UUUUUAAAGCCACAAAUGUUUUUAACAAGACCUUUUGGAAGAGUUUUGGCAAGGAAAAUUUACCCGAAGACAGUAAAGCCAAGAUCAUUCUACCAGAAUUAUUCCAAGAUGGCCUUUACUUCUAGGGUGAAGCCAUACAGCUACACUGGAAGAAUUAGAGUUAAGGAGGUACUAAAUUCACAAAGGGAAGAUUAUUUGAACAAGACCAUUACUAUUUGUGGAUGGACUAGGACCAUUCGUUAUGGAGGCAAAGGAGCCUUCUCCUUCCUUGAAAUCAACGACGGAUCUUGUUUCAAGAACUUGCAGGUUGUUAUUGAUAAAAGUAUCAAUAAUUUUGAUCAACUUAAGUCUGAAGGUGUUGGAACUAGUUUCAAAAUAACAGGAACUCUCGUAGAAUCUCCUAAAAAGGGUCAAAAAUAUGAGCUUUCUCUUAGAAAUAAUGAAGAUCAUUCAUUCAAGAUUCUUGGAAGUAGUCCUCAAGGAGAAUAUCCCUUGGCAAAGAAAAGACAUACUUUAGAGUACCUUCGAGGUAUUCAACAUUUAAGGCCUCGUACAAACACGAUUGGAGCAGUAACAAGAAUCAGGAAUAGUAUCUGAAAGGCAACGCAUGACUUCUUUCAAGACAGAGGAUUUCUGUACAUUCAUACUCCUAUCAUCACCUCUUCUGACUGUGAAGGAGCUGGAGAGUUGUUUCAUGUAAAAACUCAGCAAGAAGAGUCUGAAAAUUCUGAGAACUUUUUCAAAGAUCAGGUGUUCCUAACAGUAAGCGGUCAAUUAGAUGUUGAAAAUUACGCUUGAUCCUUAAGUGAUGUAUACACAUUUGGGCCUACAUUCAGAGCUGAGAACAGCCAUACGAAAAGACACCUCUCUGAAUUCUGGAUGAUAGAACCUGAAUUAGCCUUCUCAGAUCUCAAUGAUUGAAUCAAUUGUGCUGAAGACUACCUAAAACAUAAUAUUGAGCAUGUUCUUGUUAAAAAUAUGGAAGAUCUUGAAUUCUGAAACCAAUGGGUUAAGAAAGGAAUCAUUGACGAUCUAAAUAAUAUCCUUCAGCAAGACUUUGAGAGGAUUCCCUACACUGAUGCUAUUUCAGAAUUAGCCUCACAAUCCAAAAAUAAGUUUGAGGUUUAUCCUGAGUGGGGAAUUGACCUCUCGACUGAGCAUGAGAAAUUCCUAUGAGAGAUUAACCAAAAGCCAGUUAUAGUUUAUGAUUACCCUAAACAAAUCAAACCCUUCUACAUGCGACAAAAUGAUGAUGGCAAGACUGUGGCAGCAAUGGAUGUGCUAGUCCCAGGAGUUGGAGAACUUAUAGGAGGCUCCCAAAGAGAAGAAAGAUAUGAAGUACUCAAAAACAAUAUCGAACAAAAUGGAAUUUCCCCAGAAGAAUACUGGUGGUACCUUGACUUAAGAAAAUAUGGCAGCGUCCCUCAUUCAGGCUUUGGAGCAGGGCUUGAAAGAUUAGUCAUGACGAUCUCUGGGAUUGAUAACAUAAGAGACUCGAUUCCAUUUCCAAGAUGGCCUGGUAAUGCUAAAUAUUAAAAUAUCUAGCGACUCUAAAAGAAAUAUUUUGCUGAC